AUGGUUGAAGACAAGUAUGACAAACAGAUAAGGGAUUUUAUUGCGGCAUGGGACGAUUAUCUACACAACAGCAAGAUAAAGAACGGACAGGAAUAUUGGAAACAAUUAAUGCGUGAGGUUAACAUUAUCUUCCCAGAAGUAACAAGAACGAUAAGUCAAGGUAGCGGCAAGAACGCUGGCAUUUGUGGAAGUAUAUAUACGGAAUCGGGGCAGUCCAUGUGCAGGAGCAGGUGUAUGCACAUUGCGAACAUUAUGCUCUACAUAAGAGGAUAUAAUUACAAUGCAAAAAAUGGCACGUGGAACAAAAGAGAAGUACGCGAGAGAACGCGCACGAUGUUCCAUGAAUAUUUGAGGUGUACACUGGGAACUGCGGUUUUACUGCAGCUGUAUGGGAAUAAUGCAGAUCAUAGGGAAGUCAUAACGAAGGUUGAGGAACAAAUGCGGCAAACGCAUACAUCAGGGAAACAGCACUAUGAGCCAGGGGUUUGUGAGGGCCAGCAUUAUGGGGAAGUCAUCUUCGGAUUACGUGGUAUUGGACCCAGUAUAAAGACUAAGCUGCACGAAUGGAACACAGGUUUGGCAGGAGGCCACGCAGGAACUACCCGUGGAACAGGGAAGCAGUGUGCUUGGGCAGAGCAAGACACAAACCAGAAUAGUGAGGACGCAUGUAAUGCAGAGCAGGGGCACGUGCUGCAGGAUCAUUGGCUCAUGGGGAGAAUAAGGCACUGGACGGAUAUGAUUAUCUUUGCGCGAGUGAAGAAGGUGUUAGACGACAUACACAAUAAUGGGGGAUCCAAGGAGAAAUGUGCAGUAGAGAAGAAGAUAAAGGAGGGAGUACAGAAAGUGAAGGCCACAGUGAAUCCACCACCUUCGAAACCAGGAGGACCACAACCUGCGCCAGCACCAAGACCACCGACAGGCAGCAACGGACCCGCCAAACCCGCCCCGGCCAAACCACCCGGGAAAGACGGACAACCAGUAGCGGUGACACCGGCAUCACCACCGUCAUCGUCGGGACCGGGGACGAAGCAGGCCACAGGAGAACAGUGUGAUUGGAAGAGCGUAUUACAGAACAGGCAUCAUGCAUUGUAUGUGGUGCACGGUUAUGAUAGAACGAUGAAACACAAAAUGGACCAAGUAUUAAAUAGUUUUGUAGCCCAUAUGCAACAGAGCCAUGAAAAUAUAGACGAAUUGGGUGUAAACUGCGAAAACAAAGGUUGGAAUGAUUUUGAGCAGCAAGUGUACACAAUAGACCAAACGGUGGGCGACGUAAUGAGAUGUAGACUUAUGAAUACUGCAUUAUAUUUCGCAAACGGUUGGAAUGCAAAUGGGACAAGUGCACAAGAGCACAGCCAGGAAGAUGCAGACACAAUCAAUAUGUUAAGAUGUGAAAUAGUGAAUACUUUUGGACACCUAUUGAGAGAAAGGUAUUGUCCGAACCAGGGAACGUGGAAACGAGGUAUAGAGUAUGCGUGGGAAAUAAUGAAUCACAUGGUGCACGGGUCAGGGACAGAAAUGUUACCCAAGGGUCCUGUUACGGAGAAGAAGUGCACACAAUGUGGAUAUAGGGCUAAACAAACGCACAGGGCAAUAAUAAAUGGAGACGUUGCAGAAUGGUUAAUCAGCGGAGGCAUAAUGGAGGAACUAGGACAGAUACAAGGUAGAAUGGGGUGUACGGACAAUUGGGAGACAUAUAUAAAGAGGCCGCGGCAUCAUGGUAAAAUUACAGGUUUAACGGAACCGGGGAUGGAAAGAAUGAAGGAAGCUCAGGCAGCGAUGAAGGAGGAUGCCAUAAAGAUAGUUAAAAUAGUAGGCCAAAAAAUACAGGAAGAAAUAAACAAGCACAUAAAAGAAGACGACGCGACGAAACCAGAGGUACCACGAGCUAAGGUACCAGAGGUACGAAAGGAGGUUGUUCCUGAGGAGACAGUACCUUCAACAACGAAUGGUGAAAAUGGAGUCGCAAGGUCCGAUAAUGGGGAACAGGGGCCCGUACCACAACCCCCACCGGUGGCACCCCCAUCAACACCAGGAGCCGCAUCAGCCGGAGGAAAAGGAAAGAAAGGUAAGAGCACAGACACCAAGUGCAAUAGUACAGUACACACGCAGGAGGAUAGGGGGACCGUCGUGGGUUCAUACAUUAAAGUCACCGUCAGCACCCCGGAUACCUCUCCAGGCUGUACAGGUGAAGUCGAUGUCAGUGGACCCAAGAAUGCGAAACAAGAGGACGCAGCAGCAGAACCAGCAACUGGAGAAUCGACACCAGCAGCAACAACACAGGGACCGGCCGGGCACCCAGGUACACCCAGCGCAUCGGGUCCCACCGUUGACACCAAUGUGCCCGGCAGUUCCGUCCAACCUACAACUUCGAGCACGAAUCCUGACCACUCGGGGAAGUCCGGGCCGCAAGAGAAUCAGGGCGAGAAGGUGACAGAACCAGGGAAAGCGCAGGGGGAUACUGGAAGGUCUUCCCUAGGGGGGUGGACGAAUGAUGACUUUGGUUUUGGAGAUGUCCCUAAGCUCUUCGAUGACCCCCCACCUCCCACGCCACCCAAACCGAACCCGAACCCAGCACAGGCCAGUGGCAACAACAAUAGUAUCGAUGGCGUUCCCUCCUUCGAUUUGGACAACAUAUAUCCAUCAGGCAUAGAUAAAGUAGGGGGAGGAUUCGUCCCACCAACCUUGCCAGAAGAUAAUUCUCGUCCCCAGAAUGACGACCCAGGAGGGGAGGCCAAGGGCCCCUUCUUUCCCGAUUUAAACGCAGCCGUCCUUACCGCCACUACACCCGUCCUGUUUUUUCUCGCUUCCGUCAUCGUCGCCCUCCUUGGUUAUUCCCUCUGGAAGUACUUUGCGUACCUCGCCAAACGUCGACGAACAUAUCGAACAGUGCGUGACGUGCCGUCACCGCCAUUGGACGAAGACAUAUUGGACCAUCUACAACGCGGCGAACUGCCGCCACCCGAUUACGGGUACACGAUGGUUACGCAACCUGCGUCCACAUCCGGUAGAGGCCGCCCCCCACGCGUGCAUAAGCGCACGAUCAUCGACCUACAUCUAGAAGUGCUCAACGAAUGUGCAGCAACCGCAUGGGAAAACGUCAAAGAGCACUAUUUGCAGAUUGUCGUGCAGGAGUUUGCGCGCGACUUGGACCAGGACGGAACGGGCUACAGUAGUUCCUUGGAUGCUCCUAGCACAAACCAGGCUUUAUCAGGGACCAAUGCUUCCUCCACUGACUCCGAACAAACGGACCGUUCUCCACCUAAUGAAGAUAACCCCGAUCCAUGGAGUUGUAUGAAAAACAUACAGUUCGCAACGGACACUUCUCCACCGACUGCAGACGACCCCGAUCCAUGGAGUUGUAUGGAAACCAUGCAGUUACAAACGCACCCUUGUCCACCUAACGAAGAGGACCCCGAUCCAUGGAAUUGUAUACAAUACAUACAGUUAGCAACGCACCCUUGUCCACCACAUGACCCCGAUCCUUGGAGUUGUAUGGAAACCAUACCGUUAGUAACGGGCCCUUCUGCUUCUAACGCAGAGGACCCCGAUCCUUGGAGUUAUAUGGAAACCAUAGAUCCCGAAAAACACCAGCGGCAUGUCUAUUCCCACCCUGGGGACGCGACGUCGGACUGCAUCGGUUGGAUUAACUGGAUUGACAGCAAACAGCACCUAUUGCAGGACUGCACGACGCAGCCGUGGUUUAAUGCUCUCAAAUUGCAAUGGCAACAAUACCUGCGUGAGCACAUGGUGGCAAACGACGUAUCCGCGCACCGUGAGUUCGGUGAAGCGGCCACCCGGCCGAUGAAGCAACUGCGAUUGUGGAAAAAGUGGGUAGCGCAACAACAUCGGCAAAUGCGUAUGUAUAGUGAAGAAGAGUGGUUUACGCAUUUGUUGAAUAAUGUAGAGGAGGACACAGAAUCGCCAAAAGGCGAUAUACGUGGAGUGGAACAAGACUUAGCAGUGGAAAAUGUAAUGGCCGCACAACAGAUGCUAAGAGUGCGAGAUGUACCACGGUCGCAACUGCAUCAACAACCUCACAUGAAAAAACGGUUACGCGCUAACAUAUGGAUACUGAUCCUGGCAUUAAUCAUUGAAGAGUGCGAAUUCGAGAGAAGUGUGCAGGAUAGGGAGUUAUAUUUGGAUGACCUAUUGGAGGAACUGUGA